AGCUGUGUUUACGUUCUUCAAGCGUUGGAUGGAAGGUGCUGUGGCGAAACUUCAUACCGUACUUAGCCUAUGUUUUCCAAUACAUAGGUACCUGGUAUCAUGGCGACCAGACGGGCUCUGAAGGCAGUGCUGAUUGACCUGAGUGGAACCCUCCAUGUAGAAGACACAGCCGUGCCUGGAGCACAGGAAGCCCUCAAAAGGUUGCGUCAGUCCUCUGUAGCGGUAAAGUUUGUGACCAACACCACUAAGGAGUGUAAGAGGAACCUUGUGGAGCGUCUCCACAGUCUGAACUUUGACAUCCAGGAGCAGGAGAUCUUCACGUCCCUGACAGCAGCCAGGAGCCUCGUGGAGCAGAGACAACUACGCCCCCUACUGCUGGUGGAGGACAGUGCACUGGAGGACUUCUCAGGUAUGGAGACAUCCGAACCCAACGCUGUGGUGAUAGGCUUAGCUCCAGACCACUUCAACUACCAGACGCUCAACAAAGCAUUCAGGCUGGUUCUAGACGGGGCCCCCCUCAUCGCCAUCCAUAAGGCCAGGUAUUAUAAGAGGAAGGAUGGUCUGGCGCUGGGCCCCGGACCCUUUGUGACAGGGUUAGAGUACGCUACAGACUGCCAGGCCACCGUUGUGGGGAAGCCUGAGGGGACAUUCUUCCUGGAGGCUCUGAGGGACAUUGGCUGUUGUCCUGAAGAGGCCAUCAUGAUCGGAGACGACGCCAGAGACGACGUGGGAGGGGCUCAAAACAUUGGCAUGCUGGGAAUUGUAGUCAGAACCGGUAAAUACAGAGUGGGAGAUGAGGGUAAAAUUAACCCUCCACCAUACCUGACCUGUGACAGCUUCACUCAAGCUGUGGACCACAUCCUCCAACACAUCCUUUAACUAUGGCUCUCUCAUCACUGUUAGAUCAUUUAGACAUGGGUAUAUCUCAUCAUGUUGCAGUCCCACACCAGACUGCUGUAACGCCUCCUCUAGUCCCACACCAGGCUGUAACGCCUCCUCUAGUCCCACACCAGGCUG